UGUAUGUUUGUAUGUAUUCACACAUGCUCAAAGAUGUUUGAACACUCUAACACCAGGUCAUUUUCUGCGCGGCGCCCCACUACUCUCCAUUCCUGAGCCGAACUCCGAAAACCUCUCCCUAAUUAAUAAAUGGCAAAAAUUAAAGGUACUCCAUCACCAGUUCAGCAAGCGCUGGAAAACUGAGUAAGACUUAGUCGUCAUCAAAGAUGAUCUCCUUUCCCCAACGAAUGGCGGCUCGGCCGAAUUACAAAACUCCAUCCCGCUCCCGAUCGAAAUGUUCGCGUGGUAGACAUCCGCACCCAAAGCGGAACCAUCACACGCUACAUAGGGAAGCUUUGCUUAUUACCACCCAGUUCCUUGAUCACCCGCAUACCACUAACAAUGUCCCUCGACCGUAUACUUACAGGUCCCAAGACUUCAGAAAAUGUCGACAGUGCUGUCGCAGGCAUUCGCUGCGCUAUUGCCGUGCCUUUCGGGCAAUGACGCCGGACGAGCGCUGCGAAUCUGCUACACUGCACCGCUAUUGUAUAAAUUGUUUAGCCACAUCGCACGUCACCGGCGCCUGUGACUCGCCAGGCAGCUGUCGCCAUUGCGGAUUAGCCCACCACACUUUGCUAUACCGAUCCUCCUCCACUUCGCAAGGGUCGAAGCAAAGCCGCAAAACGGGUGAUCGAGGCCACGUGCGCAAGCAUCGGCAAAGAAAGGCUUUCCCGCCAGAAAAAAUACCUAACCGCCGUAGGACUGAAAGCAGAGCUGAACGAAGCCAGCCCCGCCCGCCUUCCAACGAUGCAUCCGGGGGCUACUAAAUAAAGCACGAGAAACGCAGGAGCAGCUGCAAGAUUUGGUGCAGGUCUCAUCGCCUCAGGACCGCCGGAAUGUCGAGGACAUGAGUCAUAAUUUAAUUGAAUUUUAAAGCUAAUAUUAGUUCGUAAUAAUGAAUUUCCAAAAUGGGAUACUUACCUUGAAUACUUAUCUUGAAUACUUAACUUGAAUGCUUACGUUGAAUACUUACCUUUAAUUACAUCCCUGAACUGGAAAAUUUAAUAUUCACCACAAACCUGUACAUACAUAUAUAUGUAAGCUAGCUAUCCUUAUACAUAAACGGUCGUCCAAACGAAAAUAUAUUGUAAUAUACCCAG